AUGAAUUUAGCCGUUGCCCACUCUCUUGGCAGGUACAAAGUGAAAUUCAAUCCAGAAAAGAUAGACACGAUGAUUGUGCAGGCUGUUUCUCUUUUGGACGACUUGGACAAGGAAUUGAAUAAUUAUGUGAUGAGAUGCAGGGAGUGGUACGGAUGGCAUUUCCCAGAAUUGGGAAAAAUAAUUCAGGAUCAUCAAGCCUUCGCAAAAGUAAUCAAAGCUAUCGGUAUGCGACAAAAUGCUAUUAACGUCGAUCUUUCGGCGAUUCUCCCUGAAGAAUUAGAAGCCAAGGUGAAAGAGGAAGCCGAAAUCUCGAUGGGUACGGAUAUCUCUGAAUUAGAUCUCAUUCAUAUCAGUGGAUUGUGUGAUCAGAUAAUCGAUCUUUCUCAGUACAGGGCUCAACUCUUCGACUACCUCAAAAAUCGGAUGACUGCGCUCGCACCAAAUUUAACAUGCCUUCUUGGAGAACUCGUUGGAGCGCGGCUCAUCUCACACGCUGGAUCUCUCGUUUCAUUAGCUAAAGCACCCGCUUCUACGGUUCAAAUUCUUGGCGCUGAAAAGGCCCUGUUUCGUGCCCUCAAAACCAAAAAGGAUACCCCCAAGUAUGGUCUUAUAUAUCAUGCCCAACUGAUCACUCAAGCUCCAGCGAAGCUGAAGGGAAAAAUGGCCCGUAAACUUGCUGCAAAAUGUGCUCUCGCAACUCGCAUAGAUGCCUUGGCAGAUGAUUCGAGGGGAGCUGAGGUGGGAAUGGAGUGCAGAGCAGGUCUGGAAGCUGUUCUCCGUGGAGAACAAGAACGUGGACCGAAGAAAAUAAGUGGUGGCUCUCACAAGCAUGAGAAAUAUCACUUUAAGAGCGAAACAUUUGAAUAUGACGCUGCUAACGAUGUUCCCAAGAAGCCCGUGAAGCGACGGUUCGAGGAUGAAGAGGAGGAGCCUUCAUCGAAAAGGGUUAAGGUUGAGGAAGAAGGCGAAGAGCCUGAAGCUGUUCCAAAAUCU